GGUACACUGCAAAUCUGUGCACACGUAGUCGUUUUAUUUUGCUUGGUCUGUCUGUCUGUGACUGUUGGUGAAAGAAGAACGAUACAAAAGUACAAAUACAUAUUUUAGUGGCACUUUAUUGGUAAUUAUAAGCACUUUACCAGCUACAGCUGAACAGAAAAACCGAUAAUGGGGAAAGAUAAAAAUGAAUUGGAGAAUGCCGCAAACGGCGACAUCAUCAAAAACGAAGAUAAGAAGAAAAAGAGGAGUAAGAAGCACAAAAAACAUAAGAGGGAGGCGGGCGACGAGGACGACAAGAUCUACAGGAAGAAGAAGAGGUUGAGGAGGGAGAAACACAAGAGUCCCGAACCGGAGAGCGAGACCUCUCUGUCGGACGUUGAGGAGCUAAUAAAGAAAUCGCGACAUUGCAAACCGCAACUGCGUAAUGAAUCGCUAGAAUCGCCAUUGAUCGACUCGGGGGACUCGGCGCGGCAGAAGACCAAAAACGGGGACACCUCAGACGUGUCCCGGCCGAAGUCGCGCGCGCGCAGCAACGGCAGGAGUAGCCACAGUAAAAAAUCCGAGGCCAAGGACGACGCUUUAGAAGUGAUAUCGUCCAAUUCCGAAACGGGAUACCAAGAGGACUGUGCGAGUCCGGAAUUGACGAUGAUAGAGGAUGAUUUAAACCUGGAGGAGCUGAUGAAGCAGAAAGAGUUGCUGCAAGCUCGCCUCGUCGCGUAUUACUCUGAUAAGAGCGACGAUGAAAGUGACAAAAAGUCGAGUGAAGUUAUAUGUAUAAAUGAUGAUAAAUCCCCGCCUCAGAAGAAACCGCGGCGCGAUCGUGACCACAAGAGGAGUAGACACUCGCGGGAGAGAUUAGCUGACGAUAGACAUAAGAAGAGGCACGAGGAAGAUUUGAGGGAGAUAAUCGACAGGGAGAGUAGGAAGGAGAAGAUGGAAGAGCGCAGGGAAAGGGAGAGGAAGGAUAGGGAGAGGAGGAAGCAGCAAGAGGUGGACCGGGAGAGAGAGCGGGAGAGGGAGCGGAGGAAAGAGAGGGAGCGGGGAAGGGAGCGGAGGUCGUUGGAGGGACGUCGACGUGACCGGGAGUCCCGCUCGCGGCGGACGCGGGAGAGGUCGGUGGUGCGCCGCGACCGCUGGCACUCGGACCGGCGCACGCGCGACCGCAGCCGGGACAGGAGCCGCGACAGGAGCCGGGAUCGGCGCCGGGAGCGCUCGAGGGACCGGGCAGGAUAUAGGGACAGGCGAAAGAAUUCCACAAACGAGGUGGCCCAAAUAGUGCCCAGUUCGAGUGACUCCGAGCUGGACAUAGACAUCAACACGGAUGAAGAAGAAGAAACCGAGGAACAGAUCAUUGAGAGGAGGCGGCAGCAGCGCGAGCAGUUGAUGAAGAGGCUCGGAGGUGACACUAAAGACAACGAGAAAGACAAGGAGCAGGGGUCCACCACGCCCCCGCACCUGGACAAAGACAAACCUCAGGAGGCUGAAAAGAGACUUUACGGUGAUAUAAAACGAAGCGAGAAGGAUCUCAAAGGCAUAAUCACGAAUGAAAUACCACCAGAGUCCCCAUAUGCCGAAGAAUUGGCCAAACUGUAUGGAAAAGAGAAGGAUCAAGACGGAGGUUUAGAACUGAACAAGAUUUGGGACUAUAAGGAUAAUCCAUAUGCUGAUGAUUUGGCUAAACUUUACGGCGACAGCAAAGAGUCCAAAGAGUCAGAGUCGAAGACGUCGACAGCGACUAAGGCGGAGUGGCUCGAGCCCGACCCGCCGGAGGCCGGCCCCGAGGACGCGAAGACCAUGGUGAAGCUGGCCAAGUCCGGGAUGGUCGCCGGCGAGUGGGACAUGUUCGCUGAUCAGGACAACUUUGAUCUAGACACCACAACGGCCGGCAAACCCCGAAGUAAAAACGCUUUGGAGAACCCCUCGCUGACCGACAACUGGGACGACGCCGAGGGCUACUACAGAGUGCGUAUCGGCGAGGUCCUGGACAACCGGUACAGCGUGUACGGGUACACGGGACACGGCGUGUUCUCCAACGUGGUGCGCGCCCGCGACCAGGCCAGGGGGAACAGCGAUGUGGCUGUCAAGAUCAUCAGGAACAAUGAUAUCAUGCACAAGACCGGUCUACGCGAGUUGGAAAUGCUGAAGCGGCUGAACGAUGCCGACCCGGAGGACAAGUUCCACUGUCUCCGUCUGUUCCGUCACUUCUUCCACAAACGGCACCUCUGCAUGGUCAUGGAGCCCCUGUCCAUGAACCUGAGGGAGGUGCUGAAGAAGUACGGCAAGAACAGCGGCAUCCACAUCAAGGCGGUCAGGAGUUACACCCAGCAGAUGUUGCUGGCGCUCAAACUGCUGAAGAAGACUGGUAUCAUGCAUGCCGACAUAAAACCGGACAACAUCCUGGUCAACGAGAGCAAACUGAUGCUAAAGCUCUGCGACUUCGGCGCUGCGACUCACGUGACCGACAACGAGUUCACUCCUUACCUCGUGUCCAGGUUCUACCGAGCACCGGAGAUCAUACUCGGAGUACCAUACGACUACAGUAUAGACAUGUGGUCGACUGCGUGCACCAUAUUCGAGUUGUCGACGGGGAGAAUAAUGUUCAUAGGCAAAUCCAACAAUGAAAUGUUGAAAUAUUUCAUGGAUUUAAAAGGGAAGAUACCGAACAAGAUUAUCAAGAAGGGCAUUUUUAAGGAGCAACAUUUCGAUGCAAAUUGUAAUUUUAUGUACCACGAACUGGACAGGAUAACGGAGCGGGAGAAAGUUGUGAUAAUGUCAAGUAUAAAACCGACCAGGGACCUCCAAUCGGAACUGGCGCCUCCCCACCACCGGCUGCCGGCGCCGGAAGCCAAGAAGAUGGCCCAGCUCAAAGAUCUGCUCGAGAGGAUGCUGAUGCUGGACCCCUCCAAACGGGCAUCUGUCAACCACUGCCUCGCUCACCCCUUCAUACAAGAGAAAAUAUAGCAUUCGAAAAACCAGUGAUAGUGAUUUGUAUAUAGUACAAUACGAAUGUGCAUAAAAAAUGGACAAGUGUCGUCUCUGCCUACCACUACGGGUAGAGGCAUGAUUUAUAUUCAUGCACACGGCUAAUAUAAUAGUUUUAGUGACUGUAAAUAGUUAAUUUCGGGUUUUGGGAAUUGAAGUGCCCGUGAAGGAUAGCAAAAUUGAUGGUUUUGUUAGAGAUUCUGGAAUAUUGGCUUGAUCACAUCAAUUUGAUUGAUGUCAUUGUGGUUAGAAGUGACUUUGCUGUGUUCAUUUUGAGUCAACUAUCAAAGCCCUUUCUCUUUUAUAGUAACAAACAAAUUAACACAUAAAAAUAGAAUAAAACUUAUGCGGUAUGAAUGCGGCUUAAGCAUGAUCUCUACCGUCAAUCAAAAUAAGGGCAAUAUAUUCUCAGUUAUCUCUCAAGUAGUUAUUUAAAAUGAAUACAGCAAAGUACUACUUCAUUGAGAGGAAACGAUAGAUUAAUCAAUAAGUCGAUCCAACAAAAGGCAUGCGUAAUUCUGGAUAAGAACCUCUAUGUAAUCCGUCUGCGCUUUUUUUAUAUAAAGCCUUUUUUAUAGGUUGACUUCCAUCAUACAUUGUCUUCAUGAGAAAUCUUAAUAAUUAAUGUUACAACUUACAUAUGCAAUGCAAAUUUACUAUAGUAAUUUGUCACAAUUGUAUUCUUGUAUAUAAAUACUUUUAAUUUGUACCGAUAGAUAUUUACCAAAGUUGGUAAGGCAUAUUGAUAUGUAUUUUCAUAUCUCUUUCCUGCCUAAAAGGCAAGUGAAAAUUUGUUCAGUGAAAGUAUAUAUAGAUUGUAAUAUUAUUUUUUGUCAUAGAUAUAAAUAAAACAAACUGUCAAUUUUAAAUGAAGGAAGGAUACCAGUGAAUUCAACAUUACCUCAGAAAUCUGAUCUUAUAUUUUAUUGAGUAUCACGAAAGAACAAGAUAGCUCUGUUCAGAAAAUGACCAAAAAUUACAGAUAGUUGUACUUAUCUCAAAUGCAAAUUUUGAAUUUAUCAGGAAAGGAAUUUGUAAUAAGUAAUAGAGCCUACAAGAAUAUUAUCUUGUGUUUUAUAAUCUACAAUUGAAUUAAUUUUAGAAAAUCACAAUAUGUACCAUGUGAUUGCUUUUGGUAUGGUAAUGUAAUGAAUUUUAGGAGAAUUCUAUAGAACUAAAUGAUGUGAAAUAUUGUAUAGAAAAACCGGCAAAGUCAGUAUCGGGCCACGCGAAGCGUAGGAUUCUGUAGUUUUUCCAUCUCAAGUAGAAUUGAACAAUUUUUAUUGUUCCAUUUCAUUUGUUUCGGAAUUAUAAAUUCAACUACAAGAUUACUGUAAAACAAUAAAUAUUCCCAAUUUCAGAUGUUUUUUGUUCUGUUUCAAUGCCAUUGGGGAAUAUUAUGAAUGUUGAUGAGACUUAUUCUGUCUAUCAUAACUUUAAACAAGCCAUAAAAUAAAGAAAUAUGCUCUAUUAUUGUUCCUGAAUAACUUCACAGGCCUAUUCCUAAAUUAGUAUUUUAAGUAGUUUAAUUAGGUCUAGUUUAUUUAUCCAUUAAAUUUUGUUAUAUGUUCAAUUUCAA